AGAGACAGAGACCUGUUACUCAGAGAUGAAUCUUCACACUUUUUUUUUUGUGGUGGGAUGCUGUUGUGCCCUUUCAUUGGGUGAAGAAGAGAGUCCUGGGAGACGUUUCAUUCUAGAUUCAAUUGAGGAGGCAAAGAAAAUUGUGGAUGCUGCUUACAAGUAUUCUCGAGAUGAGAGUUUAGCAAGGGUGCGCAGAGAUGACAUCAAGCCUUCCGACAAGCUACGUCUACUGAAACAGCCAGCUCGAAAGACACGAGAGGCAGUGAGAGCCGCAGACUACAUGGUGCAGACACUCAGGCUGAUCAGUGAGAAAGCCCAUCAUGUACACAAGAGGUCCAUCAAUGCUACAAACCUGCUGACUCUAGACGAGCUGAACACCAUUGAACGUCUGACAGGCUGUACAGCUCAAACCCGGCCCCCAUCUUGUAGGACCACACCCCUCAUAAACAAAUAUCGAACUAUCACCAAUGUCUGCAACAACCGGAGGAACCCACUCCUUGGUGCAUCCAACACCGCUUUUGCCCGCUGGUUGCCUGCUCACUAUGAAGAUGGCAUCUCCCUGCCCAAUGGGUGGGAUCCCAACAGAUUGCACAAUGGUGCAACGCUGCCCCUGGUCAGAUUGGUUUCAAAUCGUAUUCUAAGCACUGCAGAUGCUGACAUAGAGAGUGACCACGAAUUUACUUUCAUGCUCACAAUCUUUGGGCAAUGGGUUGACCAUGAUCUGACUUUAACGCCCUUCUCACCAAGCAUUAGAUCCUUCAGCAGUGGCCUCAACUGUGAUGAGAGCUGUGAGCGCUCUGAACCCUGCUUCCCAAUUCCGGCCCCUCCAGGAGAUCGACGCCUGAGUCCUGACACCUGUCUCCCUGUCUUCCGCUCGUCACCUGCCUGUGGUUCCGGGAACACUGCCUAUAUGUUUGGUGGGAACCCCAAAGUUCGGGAACAGAUCAAUGCUCUAACAGCUUUCCUAGAUGCUGGACAGGUUUACGGGUCCGAGGAUGGGCUAGCAAAGGAACUUCGAGAUCUGACCAAUGAUGGUGGUCUUCUACGUGUCAAUGAUCAGUUCCUUGACAAUGGACGAGAGCACCUGCCCUUUAGCAAUUUAAAAAGCAAAAUGUGUGCCACACGUCAGAAAAUCCUUAAUGACACAACCUUAACAGAGGUGCCUUGCUUUAUUGCAGGGGAUGGUCGUGUUGAUGAGAACACUGCGCUCACCUCAAUACACACACUUUUCAUGAGGGAGCACAAUAGAUUGGCUCGUGCCCUCCGUGUGCUCAACCCUACCUGGAGUAGCGAAACCCUCUAUCAAGAGGCAAGAAAAAUUGUGGGUGCCUACAACCAGAUCUUGGUGAUUAAGGAAUACUUGCCGCAUAUCGUGGGCCCUGAUGCUUACAAUAGACAUCUCGGACUAUAUCCAGGUUAUGAUGAGAAUGUGGACCCUACCAUUGCGAACGUCUUUGCCACUGCAGCUUUCCGUUUUGCCCACCUGGCCAUCCAACCCAUCAUAUUUCGUCUUGAUGAAAAUUACCAGAACCAUCCUCAAUUUCCAAGUGUGCCCCUUUUCGAGGCCUUCUUUUCUCCUUGGAGAGUGAUCUUUGAGGGGGGCAUUGAUCCUCUGCUUCGUGGACUGAUUGGUCGGCCAGCAAAACUGAAUACACAGGACCACAUGUUGGUGGAUGCGCUUAGAGAGAGGCUGUUUGCCUUUACAUCCCACAUUGCUUUGGACUUGGCCGCCCUCAACAUGCAAAGAAGCCGUGACCAUGGUAUACCAGGCUAUAAUGCAUGGCGUCGGUUCUGUGGACUCUCCACCCCUCAAAAUGAGGAAGAAUUGGGUGUGGUAAUGAACAACACUGAAUUGGCUCGCAGGUUGAUUGAGCUUUAUGGCACCCCUGAGAACAUUGACAUUUGGUUGGGAGGCGUUGCAGAGCCUUUUGUUCCUGGUGGUCGUGUUGGUCCUCUUUUUGCCUGCCUCAUCUCUACACAGUUCCAACACAUCCGCCAGGGGGACAGGUUAUGGUUUGAGAACUAUGGAGUGUUCACCACCAGACAAAAGGCAUCACUGGCCUCUGUUUCGCUAGCACGCAUCAUCUGUGACAACACCGGAAUCCGCAGAGUUCCCUACGAUCCUUUCCGCUUCACCAGUCCUGCCAGUUUUGUUAACUGUGGGGAUAUCCCAGCCUUUGAUCUCACCCCUUGGAUUGAAACCAAUACAGAGUCCUUCCAAGGACCUCCCGGACCCAGAGGACCCCCAGGAAAACCUGGUCCACAAGGUGUAGCAGGUCCCCCUGGACCUCCAGGACCUCCCAUUAAUACCACAGGACAACAGUCUGCCUUUUUUGCUUCUGUUGGCACCAUCCUUCCUGUCACUGCUAAGGUUGUUGUGUUCAAUCAGGUCCUUUACAAUGGACAGAACCAUUAUAAUCAAACAUCCGGACAGUUCGUCUGCCAGAUACCUGGUGUAUAUGAGUUCCAGUUCUCAUGCCUAGCAACUCGGACAUUGGGUACUGUCACCUUAAAGAAAAAUGAUGCUGUACAGCUAACUGCUGAAACAAUCAACCUUAAUACACGAUCAUUAGCUGAAGGGAGCGUGGUUCUGAACCUGCAGAGAGGAGACUCUGUGUGGGUAGAGGCUUCUCGGGGUGCUAAUGGUAUAGGCAGAUCCAGCUAUUUCUCUGGCCAUAUUCUUUUCCCUGUUUGAGACUAUUGUUUAUAAUGCACUAUUAUUUUCCUUUUAUAUAGCUGUUGUUUUUAAUAUUAUAAAUGCAGUUGCAUACAAAUGCACAUAUUCUGGUGAUAGGAAUAGCUUAAAAAAAAGCCUAUAAAAUG